UCAGAGAAUCUUUGCAUGUGGUGAAAAUGUUAAGGUUCAUUUGUAUUUUCUGCUAUUUCUACUUUUCUACAUUUAUGUCAUAAUUUUAGCUGAUAAGGGUUUUUUGAGGCUGAAACAAUACUGUCUGUAGAGGGGGAAAUUCACACAUUACCAAUAUGGUGGCCGAUAGAGUGAACUUUUUAGCUGGAAUGAAAAAGGAACCCAGAAUGGUUGCUUUCUCCAACAAAUAACUUUAUCAAAGAACAUUUAAGUUACGUAUUCUUUAACGUGUGAAAUAAUUUAACAUAUAGGCUACAUUUCUAGAAAUGAACACAGAGAUAAAGAAUGAAUAAAAGUAAAAAAUAAAUAACUUAAAACUUAAAAAAAUUACAGGACUUUUUGCUUUCUAUACCAGAAAAAAACCCAUAUUGGAUGACAUAUACACAGAUACGAAACAUAUAUGUCAGCAAUAGCUUAAUAUCGGCCUAUAUAUCGGUCGGGCUCCAAACUCUAGUUACUAGUUACUUUGCAGAUUCAGAUUAAAAAUACAAAUAUGAUCAAUAUUCAUCAACAAUAAUCAAAUUAUGAUGGCAUAUUAUAGGUUAAGAUAAAACUGUAUUGAUCCUUGGGGGAAAUUCACAAGUAUCAACUCCACCUUUACCAGCUGCAACAUUAAAGUGGUGUUAAUGCAUCAAUAAUUAUAAUCCAAUAAUAUUAAUUAUGCUAUUCUGAAAUCUGCAUAAGGAGUAAUUUUUAAUUUUGGUGCUUUGAGUAUAUUUUGAUUCUAAUACGUCUGUGCAACUUCUGAGUAUUUCUACACUGUGGUAUAAGUACUUUUACUUCAGUACAAGAUCUGAGUUCUUCUUCCACGUCUGAUUAUUUGGUAAUACUGAUAAAAAACACUGCUAAUUCAUCAUGUUGCAUGCACAGAGCUUAGAGAGAAUAUUGGGACUUUCUUGGUUUUCUCUCUUAGAUUCAACACAAACAUUUGAAAAGGUGAUUUCUUUAUGUUAAACUUAUCUGAAAUUAUAUGAAUCAGGGUUUGAAAUGAAAUGAAAGAAAAUUUGGAACAUGACUGAGCUAAAACUGUACAAUAGUUCUCCCCAGAUAUCUAAUUUACCAUCAAAAUCCUCUUUAAAAAUGUUAAUAUUUAUUGUUUUUUCUCAGUAUCUGACAUGUUUUUUUAAGUGCCUUUGCUCUUAAUUUGGAUUUUUUUUUUUUUUUUUAAAAACACUUCAUUUCUAUAAUGCCAGAACAUUCCCUGCUGAUGUCCCCGUUUUCCCUGUUUUGUCACUUCUUUCAUGAAAAUCCCAUCAGUACACACUAGUUUUGUGUCUCAAAGCGGCGUAUAAACAAACCUGACUUUUUUGACACACUUUCACUAAGCAGCAAACACACAGCUGCCACAUGAUCAAGCAGCCUCACAAGACCUCCGUUUACUGCAGAGGGAGUGAUGUGGCUGCCAAGUAAUUAUCCCCCGUAGCCCCUCUCCAAAAUGCUAAUGGUAUUUACAGGACUGGGAGAAGGGAGAGGAGACCAGCGGCAGGUGCAGCUGCUGGAGCAUCAUGCUACACUGAGCCACCACAUUGCACUGAGGAGUAACAGAGGGGUCAUUGUGGGACAACUCAAGAUGGACAUGGGGAGGGGAUGAAACACAGCAAAGGCCACAGGUCGGACUUGAACCCACGGCUGCUGCAGCAAGGACUCAACCUUGGUUCAUGGGGAACCAGCUCCACCAGUUCUUUAGGAGGAAAACUGCCAGUGAGCCACCAGGGGUCGUGUUUCACUGGGAAAAAAACCCACCGCCACUACUAUGUUGCUCUCAGGGCUGCUGAUUGGGUGCAGAAAGAUGGCCGCCCGUAGUGACGUGUGGCUGCCCGGUGUGACGUCAUGCCCGCAGGUCUCUCAGGCGGCGAUGCAGCAGCACCACAUGGGCCAUAAUGGGACUGUGUCUGCGGCUUACCAUAUGACUGCGGCAGGUGUUUCUCAGCUGUCACACACGGCGAUGGGGGGCUACUGUAACGGCAACCUGGGCAACAUGGGCGACCUGCCGUCCUACCAGGACGGCAUGAGGGGCAGCACCACGGCCACCGGCUGGUACGGAGCCAACCCAGACCCGCGCUUCUCCACCAUUUCUCGCUUCAUGGGUUCCUCGUCGGGCAUGAACAUGGGCAGCAUGGGCAGCCUCAGCUCCCUGGCAGACGUAGGUAAAGGCAUGGGCUCUCUGUCAAGCACCCCGAGGAGAAAGAGGCGAGUGUUGUUCUCCCAGGCGCAGGUCUACGAGCUGGAGCGACGCUUCAAGCAGCAGAAAUACCUGUCGGCGCCGGAGAGGGAGCACCUGGCAAGUAUGAUCCACCUCACCCCGACCCAGGUGAAAAUCUGGUUUCAGAACCACCGGUACAAGAUGAAGAGGCAGGCGAAAGACAAAGUGUCCCAGCAGCAGAUGCAGCAGGACAGCGGCUCUUGCCAGCAGCAGCAGCAGCAGCAGUCCCCGCGGAGGGUGGCCGUGCCGGUGCUGGUGAAGGACGGGAAGCCGUGCCAAGGCAGCGGCCACACGCCCACAUCCUCCGCACAGACCCACCACCAGCAAGGGGGCAAUGUCAUGAUCAUGUCCAACAACACGUCCGGCCUCGGGCAGCAUCAGAGCCAGCAGGUGGGAAGCACAGGUCACUCUCCAGAUUUGGCGCCGCACUCCUCCAGUCCUCCGUCGCUGCAGAGCCAAGUGGCCGGCCUCUCCCACCUCAAUUCCCCCGGCGCAGAGUACGGCUCGGCCCUGCAGUGUUCAGCCCUGUUAUACGGCAGGACGUGGUGACAAGAGGCGCCGGCUAUGUUUUAAAACCAAUUCUUCUAUUUAAAGAGAGAGAGAGAGAGAAAAAAAGACUUUUUUCUUUCAAGACUCGACAAGUUUCACUGUAAAUGUGCGCAUUUGAACAAGAGCCGAGAGAAAUCGGCGCAGUGCAGCUCUUCUUUGAAUUUUCACCUUUUUGGAAGGAAGUGAAGGAGGGGAAAAAAAACAAACAAACAAAAAAAAAAACACUUUUGACCAGAAAACUGCGGAUGUGAAAGUCUUGGGAUUUAUUUAUGUAAAUUAUAUUGAGACAAAAGAAGAAUCAGCAGUCAUUAUAGGCCGCAUUAGUUGGGAAAAAGGUGAACCUGAACAGGAAGGCAUAUACACUCAAACUGCUGUAUAUGGGUGCUUAAAUCCCCCCCCCUCACAAACACACAGACACACAUGACUCUGAUUUAUAAUAGAAUUUAAUGUAAGCCGUAGAUCUAGCUUGUAUAUUUCUGUAAAAGGUUUGAAUUUUAGCUAUCUGUUGUACAAAGUUUUUGACCCUAUUGCCGGUUUGUUGUCGUUUCAUUGGUAUUUGUACGUUUUAUUUCUUUGUAACUUAUAUAGAUAUUUGACUUACUACAAAACAGUCCUAUUAAUAAAUUAUGGAAACAAGA